CAGACUCCGCUCCGAAAAAAGUUAUUGAACUCGAGAGACUGAAGCCAGCUCGUCCCUGCAGCGCAUUUAUACGUUUCUGCUCGGCCCGGUCAGUGACGUCAUCCUCGUGCAUGCUCGGGGACGUUCGGCCUCCUGUCGGGCCAGAGUCGAGGGAAGAGCGAGCGGAGAGAGAGAGUGCAUGUCCGCUAGUGGCAGGGGAGUGAGCCUCGCUCCUGCACGGGACACACUAUAUCCCUGUUUCCCUCGGACUCAUGCAGAAUUCUGCCUCACAACUCAGAGAUCGACUCCUUCAGGCUUUGGAUCAGGACAACAAUGUGGUGGACAUGGCUGCCACGAUGGAAGUCAUCGCUUUGCUGGAGAAAACACCAGUUACUCGUGAGAUUCUGGAGACGACACGGCUUGGGAAGUAUGUCAACGAGAUGCGUAGGAAGACAACAAAUGAGAUGCUGGCAAGAAGGGCAAAGAGUCUCUUAAGACAAUGGAGGAAAACAUGUUUGAAUCACCAGAAUGGUUUGUCAUCAGAACAGUCAGUUGGUAACCUUUCCUCCAGAAAUCACAAGGUGCAAGGAAGCCCUGGGAGCCCCGGCAGAUCUCUACCUUCUUCUACAUGUUCAAGUCCCGCCUUCCCCAUAUCCCGUCCAGAAACUCCCUCAGCUUCCAUGGGAGGAAAAGGUGCUUCAAGUUCUGUCUCUCUGAAAGGACGGAUUCCACCCAUGGAUCCAACCUUCAUUCCUACAAUUGACACUUGGUCCCAAGAGAGGACAUCCCACAAGUAUGCAUCCAACAAGCGUCUCCGGAAAGACAAUCCACCCGAGAAUGACUUUUCUCCACCCCUGCCAAAGAAACCUCAUUUUUCUGUGCUGGAAAUUGAGUCAGAUGUGGAACCUCUGGUGAACGGAACUGGAACGAGAGCUGUCUCUCUUCCAGUAGGAUUGGAGGAAACCAGCAGGGAUAGUUUUUAUAGCGACAAGAGUGAUACAAAAGUGCCUGGUGCUGUGAUUCUUGGCUUGAGAAAGAAGGGAAGCCGAAGAAAGAUGGUCCAACAGACAGAUGUCCUCCUAGAGAAGUUCCAGUACUUGCAGCGCUCCUCUAAGGUGAAGACCACAGAGGAGCUAGUGCAACAGUAUGGAUCCCCUCUGAAAGAAAAGCCUGCCAAUGAGAAUGUGAUGGGACGCCCUGGCCGCCCUGUGGAUCCUGCCGGCAUACGAGAUGAGAUGAUGCACAAGUGGCUUGAGGCUCAAUCCAGUGAAGAACAUGUGACUCCAGAGGUUGAGAUCAUUGAGGAAGAACCUAGUCGCUCUCCACCUAGUCCCUGCCCUCCCCCUCCUCCCUGCCAAACCUCUUCUUCUGUUGACAAGAUACUUUCUCGCCUUCCUCCUCUGGAUUAUGAUGCCAUUCAGUCCUAUAUAGAGAAAUGUGAGGAAGAGAGGGCAAUGGAAGAAGAAGAGAAACCAGAACCUGUUCCUGUCACAGCAGAGGCUGUGCAGCGAUUACAUUCUGAGGAAGUGCCGAAUUUAAAUGGUAAUCAGAACUUUGAUGGGGAGUUUCGGCAGUGGCACCAGGCGGUAUCUGUGCCGUCUUAUAAUGGGGACCUCCUUCAUAUCCUCCCUUAUGUUGUCAUCGAUUGAGGAUGUCUGACCAUUAAUGUUUCUCCAGUAAUCUCUUGAGGUGUCUUCCCAUAGUGUUAUAAUUUUAAUUUAUUUUAGUUGCUAGUGGUGUUCAAGUUUCCUCUGUCUGUCAUGGCUUGCAAGCUUGAGAGGAGGGUGUGCACACUUGAUAGUCCCAGUGUCUUUGGCCAAUGUGGAUUGAUGAAAUUCAGGUGCCCCUUGGUUUCCUUCUCAUUUGAGGGUUUGUGUUUUUUGUAUUUGAUAACAGUGAAAGCACUCUGUGUCGAAUUCACCCAAGUGAUCAGUCUAUUUGUGAUGAUGGAUAUGGCUAAAUGAUUGGGUCAUUGCACUGGCAUAGAAUUGAUUUUGAUCUGCAACGUCUUCGCAUGGCCCAAGUAUCUGUGAUCCUGAAAUUCAGCAUUCUUGAACGAUUGAGAAGAAUUGCGCAUUCUGAUUCCCGUCGUUAUCUCUCUCUUCUUCCUCAUCCAGGUGAUUUGUGAAAGUUGUUACCCUUGUGCAUUGUCACUGGAUCCAAUGUUCUUUCGUCUGCCAUUGAAUCGCCUUGAUGAAAUGAGGAAACUUUUUUCUUUGAGGGAAACUGUGAUAUCUACACCUGAAUAGUGUCCUCUCCAGUCUUUCCUUUCCUCUGUCUUUGUUCAAAACAAAGGGAGAAUCAUUUGCUUUCGUAUAUUCAUGGCCCUUGUUACCAAGAGGCUGUCACUUACAAGGAGGAGGAAGUUCUUUCCCUCUGAGGUAUUUUGUCCAUGAAACUCCUUGCCAGAGCUGAGAAUAAAG